UCAAUUGACAUCCUUCACGUGCGGUUGCUAGGAAACACUGGAAAGCUUGAUUAACUUCCGAGCCAACAAAAUAUCAAACAAUUUUACUUUAAAGCUAGAGUUGUGUUUUCACUUUCAAAAAGUUGCAAGAACGUACGCCAACUAAUGAGUGGUAUUUUGAAAGUUAAGACAGGAAGUUUGGUGCUGUAUUGCCGCUAGCUUGUCUAGUGUCCAAAGCACACUGUGUGCUAGUGCUGCCUGCCAGUGGUUGUGUACCCUAUUGAGCGGCUGCUGCAGGGGACUGUGUCGCAUAUUACCCUUCAACCUGUCGUUUGUCAGCACUUGUUUGCCUUUGGACAAGGACGGUGAGACGUCCAGCUUUGACUGUAAGAACGUAUGUGCCUGAGAGUCUGACACACGUCUGUUCAAUGGCUACCUCAGGCCCCACCUCUUCUGCCUCCAUCACUGCCACUGUGCCUGAGGGUUUCCAUUAUGAAACCAAGUACAUUGUGCUCAACUAUCUGGGAAUGCUGCCUGUUAGUAGAUCACAGGUGCAAACUACAGCUCAAGGAGAUGCCCACAUUGAGACAGAGAGGAGCUCAAUGAUAAAAGGACAUGAAGAAGCGCUGAGACAACUAGACGAUGAAAUCGCUGCCUCCUUUUCCACAUCGGGCUUCGACCGGCACACAUCGCUGGUGUUCAAUCCGCCCGUCCCAGAGGCCUCUAUUGAAGACUGCCUUGCUGCAGUUGGAGACCGGGUGGCCGUAGAGCUCGACGCACACCUGACAGCAGCCAUAUACACACUCCUCGCAGGGCCUCUGGACUACGAGAGAUUUAAAAACGCAACGCGGGAUCUCUCAACACACACAGAGGGGGGCUGGAGCAAGGUGCUAGUACCUUUAGUGCUGCUCCAGGCUUUACAAAGCGAGGGCGAGUCACUGACAACGCUGUCACAUCUGGGCGUGCGCUUCCUAGAGGAGGAUGAAGCUGGUUACAUCAUCCAGCAAGGGGGAUGGGGUGAAAUAUUCAGCCUCGAGUCCGAGGAGGAGCGAGGUGUGACCAUUGCUGAAGACAGCAACGACAUUUACAUCCUCUCAGGGGACCAGCAUCCAGACCAUCUCAGCCCCCCCUCCUCGCUGCUGUGCACUGGAGACAGCAGUUGUCAGAGCUCCUGGCAGACAGAAAGCUUACCUGUGUCUCUGGCCGGCCACGAGUCUUGGGCACAGGUCAGUGCGAUGGACCCGGAAGACGUCAAGAGCCUGGACAGCAACGAGGGCGCCGCUCUGGCUGAGGAGCGCAGCGAAAACAACUCCUCAAACUCGGACAUUGUCCAUGUCGAGCGCGAAGAUGCAGAGCUGCUCGAGGACGGCGGUGAAGUUGGGGCGAUAGAUGAAAGCAUGAUGAGCAUUUUAGGCACAGAAAGCGACAUGGCUGAGCUCAGGGCAGAAUUUAGGGGCCUGACGCCACCUGUUCCAAUGUCGGCCGAGGCUGACUCCACAGCCCCGGCCUCCCUGCUCUCAUUGGAGGAGCCGGUUGUUAUAGUGACGCCUGCAAGCUUGUCGGCAGAGCCUUCCCUCAUCUCCUUAGAACCAGAGCUGCUUCCCCGCGGCGCUGAAGCCGCUGCUCCUCCUCCCUCUGAGCCAGAAGCUCCUUUAUCUGUUCCUGCAGAACCUGAGCCAGAACCGGCUGCUGCCACCGCCCCAGUGCCUGCUGAGGUGGCCCCCCCAUCUCUAGCCAAGGAAACCCCGGCAGCACCAGCAGAGUCUGAAGCCACCUCAGAACCAGCACCUGAAGCAGAGCAGGAGCCGGAGCCCGUCUCAGUGCCUCCCCAGCCAGAGGAGCCAGAACCAGAGACUGUGGCAGAGCCCGAGGCCCCGUUGGCUGCAUCCCUUGUCCUGGAGGAUGCAGUGGCCCCUGUAGAAUCCCUGGCUGAGGAUCCCCCAGUGCAGCCGGAGCCAGAAUCAGAGCUGCAAAUGCUGCUUUAUGGAGGAGCAGCAGUGGCGGUGCUCGCUGCUGUAAUGGCAUACAGUUUCAUAAGCUACAGGAGGAAGUAGAAAAUCUUUCGUAGUGGAGGAGAAUGCAAAUUACAAGAUGUUAAGGUAGAAAUAAAUGUAUUAGUACACACAUGGUUGGACUCUUCUUACUAAGUGUGUUGGAUGUGUUAAAUGAGGCUGCAAUUUUUUUAAUCUAUCCUUUUUUAAGGUUUAGAAUCUGAAAAUUCCCCCAGCAAACCAAAAUCUCACCUCAUCUGCGACCUUACUGCUGGGAGUCCUGGCUGCUCCACUGCACCAGGUGCAGACACAGAAAGGGGAAAACAAUGCACUCCUCUGUUCUCCUUAUUUUUGAUGUGUUUUUUCUCCUCUCUUAAUCCCUUUCGGGUUUACUUGCAAUUUUGUGUGGAAAUUCUCCAGCCCUUCAUUGCCUUAGAUUGGAAAGUUUGUGAACUUUAAUCCCUCUUCUUCUAAUUUCUGUUUCUGUUGUGUCUGUGGCUCACUGUUAGGAUUGUUUUGUACCAUUUGAGUCCAGUGUAUCUACAUGCAAAAUUCACUGACAGUGCUUCCUUCGCUAAAAUAAAACCUCAAAGCCCACACUUCUUGUUAAGGUUUUCUAGCUUUUUCUCUUUCUAUGCAACAAAGUGGCAUUUAUUAAUAUUUUCCACUUCGAACUGUGAUGAGUUAUUCCGAUUUAGGUCUCUGAUUCACAUCCCACAUGUAUGAUAUGGACAAGAAACCACUAAUUUGAUUUUACGAGUCAGUUUGAAACUACUUCUGACGCCAAACAUGCAUAUUAGGUUCUAUUUAUGUUCCAUCUUUCCAUAAGGUAUUAGUAUCACUUCACAUGCAUUGUGUAUUGAAACAUUAAAAAUGUUGCCCACGAGUGGAUGAAGGUACAGUACUGCUGCUGCAUUUGUUGGAAUGAUGCAUCAAGCAUGCAUAUACACCUGAAUAUAUUGUGACGGUUCAAAAAAAGGUUAAAUAGGGUGUUUUACAAUACUAUUAAAGAUACCAGGGUCCUUGUGUAUACCACACUACAUUCUGUUUGCAUUCUCUACACAGGAAAACGUCAGCCACUGCUUAUGUUGAUCAAACCAAAGUGAGCAGUAUUACUCUAAGGAGAGUAGCAGUAAUGUGUCUGCAGUACAUACAUUGAGUCAUCCCUUUUAAUGUCAUUGAAUUUCAUGAAUAUACUGGAUGGGCAACUGGUCUAGUGCUACGGCUUCCAAAUACAACACCAGAAGGUCGCCCCAUUGUGCCCCUGAGCAAGGCACUUAACCCCGAGUUGCUCCAGGGAGACUGUCCCUGUAGUUGGUUCACUGUAAGUCCCUCUGGAUAAGAGCGGCUGCUGAAUGACCUGUAAUGUAAUGCAACGCCACUUCCUCAGUCAAAACCACAUUUUCUCUGCAGUUUCCUGUUUUCCGUUUGUCUGCGUCUUCAGUCGGUGUUUUGCUCUGUCCUUCACUAUUACUGCUCAUAAUGUAUCAGACUCGUGCCACAACUUUCCAGUGACCAGUGCAUCCUUCCUGCGUAGAAUAUGAGGUAAUAAAGGCAAACAUGGGUUCUUCAGCAACACUCAAAUCAGCAUUGUGUUUGUAUGGGUUCACAGAUAACGCUGCUAUAAAGAUUUCGACAUGUUUGCAUUAAUAAUCAACCAGCUAAGGAAAUCUCAGCAGUUACUAGUGGGCCAUUAUUCAGUGAAGUGCAGGACUUCUUAAACAGAAAGUGAACUGUUCUACUGCAAUGUCCCCUGGCCUCUCCCACAAUGUAGCCAACAUGAGUUAUCCUGCCCUGAGAGAACUCAUGUCAUUGGGUUGUUAGUAACACAUGAUCAACAAUGUUUUGUCCUCAUUGCUGCCUCAAAUUUGGGUAUAUUAUGGUAUGUUUUAUCACUAUGAAAAUGCAUGAAUGGCUGUUAAAACACUCUGAAAGGAUGUUUCCAUGUAUGUCAGUGUUGCACAGUAAUACUCAUGGACUCAGACUGCCUGCUUUCGAAGUGAAACUUAAAAAGUACAGAGCAGGUUGGAUGUCCAAAGGUCUCAAACAUAACACUUUGUACCUCGAGUUUCCUACAAAACACGGAGAGGAGAAUAAAAGAAAAUAUUUGAGAACCUU